UACUUUGCAUCCGGGUGUUUUCGUUUUGUGUGAGGCUGUGAAGCGGUAAAGGUAAUAUUGUGUAAGAAAAUGGCGGGGAAUAAUUACUAUGGGUUUACAGUCGGCGGAACUCAAUAUGGUCAGGGUAAAUACCAACCCAAUGAAGCUCUAUCAUCUACUGUAGGAUACAGUAUUCAGCCUCGACAAGGGUCAGCACAUCCUUAUGCAUCAGCUGACAGAAGUGGUCUUCCCAAAUAUGAAAGCUAUCAAACAGCAGGACGUAGAACAAUUGUUUACAACUAUGAUUCUCGCCCACAAACUUAUGAAAAGUCACAUACCUACUAUCCCCAGGCUGCACAAGCAAAGUUUGGAACUCCUGAGACUGGACAGUUGAGUCAUCAGACUGGUAAGAUGCAUAUUGAUAUUCUCAAACCUUCUACUUACAAAGAACAUGUUGAGGGACAAAAACAUAAGAAGAGAGAGGCUUCCUUGAAGGCAAGUAAUGUCAUACCUCAUAGUACUCGAGGAGGUGCUAUACUUAGAUGCGAGUUGUGCGAUGUCACUUGUACAGGAAGUGAUGCCUAUGCAGCUCAUAUUCGUGGAGCCAAACAUCAAAAGGUACAGUGA